AUGCUGUGGCGAGUCACUGGCACGUGUGACAUCACGUACACGUGUCAUGGAAUUUAUACCUGUUCGGAAACACACGACUGCGACUCUUGCCGUGUCACAGACGAUUACAAUUUCUUUCGCAUUGCUGAGCCCGAGCAUGAGGUUUACAAGAAACAAUGCAAGGUUCCGCUGUGUAAGACAUGUUAUAUAGCGGACUUCUGUGCUAACGAGAAUGAGAGUUACCAUUACACCGUGGAUUGUGUGAAGACUAACUACAACAAUUUCGGCAACUUCACAAGUGGUCAUGGUAUAAAUACAUCCUCUCUUUCAUUUUACAAGGACGUUGUACCGGAACUCUAUUACGCUGAACUAACGUUUCAGGUGCCUCGUAUCAGUAGUCUGCCAGCGGAAAUGACGUUACACGAAGACACUGACGAGGAGACGCUUCUGCACCAUCUGGAAGUGUAUGACUACAAUAAUGAUAGACCCUCGGACGGCCACGAGCUUGAGGACAACUCCACGUGCUGGAUUGAACACGUGUUCGAUCAGUGGGGAGAGAACGACAUGGAGCUGUUUGAACUGGAAGAGGAUCCUAACAAUCCGAAAAGAUGGAACUCCUACACGCUGUACAAGAGACAGUGUAUCGUCCCAAACUCCCUGUACAACCCGCCCUGUGGAUUCAAGCGGGAAAACUACACCUGUCCGAAACACACGGGCUGCAUGACAUACAACGUGACCCAGUGCUUUGAUUUUGCAGAGAAGAUCGCAAUCAAUCUCCGAGAAGGCAGCGAACAUGACAUCAUCUUCUCAACAAUGUACAGUGACGAGGAGAACGAGAAUCUCACUUACGAGUACACUUUCAUUCAAGAGGAAACCGGACUACCUGUGACCUACUUUAAAGGCGACCCCAGCGGAAACUAUUACAAUCAGCUCGGUAACAUAUCAUUGACAACAUAUUUGUAUGAUACGCCGAAAAACAAGACAUACAAGAUACAAAUAUGUGGUCAUGAUCGUCGAAACGAAAUAUGCGACUACCUGACCGUGGAAUUAAAAGAAUACUGCGGUACAACCCCAGAAUGUUCAUCAGAUUCUGUGACCAAUGACACCGAGCUGGCUGUAAGCAGCGUGAUUUUCAAUGUCCAGAAUUUGGUUACAAAUCCCAACUCCUUCCAGGCAUUGGAGUAUUCAUUGACAACGAAACACCCGGACCUGUUCGAAAUUAACUCAACUACGGGUCUAAUAAGGACCACCUCUAAGAUACCCGCUAAGUACCCGUCUACCACCUAUGUCCUGAACGCGUUUGUGACAGAUGUGGAUUCCUGUGGCACCUAUUCCGUCUGUCCUUUGUUUCUCCACGUUACAUACGUCAAUUACCCUUUGAAUAUUACCAAUCUACCAAACGCGAGCCCAGUGAAAAUACUGGAGGAUGAAGACACCAACAUGUUGUUGUACACCAUAGAAACAUAUGACCGAAAUCCUGACGACGACGUGCUUUGCUCUGUAUCAAAUCCAGAUGAAAACAAACCAUUUUACAUUGAUGAAACUUUCAAAGGCUCUGGAAUAUACGUCAUCAAGAACCAUGUCGCAGGAACCAACACAGAACGGCAGCUGGUAGAGCCUUCAUACACCAUCACGAUAAGGUGCGUCGACAGCCUGGGGGACGGCGAUACUGGAAACCUUUCCAUCGAUGUCAUCCCAAACACUGGGCCGACCUUGACCACAUUAACAGGCACGUUGAAAAGAGACGUUGAUCAGUCAACGGUGUUUAUGGGGAUGACAUUGAUAACCGAGAGGGCGAUGGACGCUGAAGGAGAUUCUCUCAACUACACGUGCACAGUUGACAAUAGCAACAAUCCGCUCACAUGCUUUGUCGGUACGUGCUUCGAUAAUUUUUACUGA